AUACGGGGGACUGACUAAAGUCAUAGGGAAGGGUAUAGUAGUCAUUUUGAACUGAAUAAAGACUCAGCCAAGAGCCGCUCGCGUUUGACAUUUCUGUGAAAUAAAAAAUAUAAAGGAUUCUUCAUUCCUGGCGAUUCUGGUUUCAGAUCCAAUCAGUUUGUCGAUGGCGGAUAUCGUGAAGCAAAUCUUAGCGAAGCCGAUCCAACUGUCAGACCAGGUGGUGAAAGCGGCGGAUGAGGCAAGCUCGUUCAAGCAGGAGUGCGCGGAAGUGAAGGCGAAGACGGAGAAGCUUGCUGGUCUUCUCCGGCAGGCAGCGCGCGCAAGUUCGGAUCUGUACGAGCGGCCGACGCGGCGUAUAAUCGACGACACGGAGCAGAUGCUGGACAAGGCAUUCUCCCUGGUGCUCAAGUGCCGAGGGAACGGGAUCAUGAAGCGCGUCUUCACCAUCAUCCCCGCCGCCGCCUUCCGCAAGAUGUCUGCUCAGUUGGAGAACUCCAUCAGUGACGUUUCCUGGCUCCUCCGCGUCUCCGCUCCCGCUGAGGAUCGCGGCGACGCUGGUUACCUCGGCCUUCCUCCCAUCGCCGCCAACGAGCCCAUCCUCUGCCUCAUCUGGGAGCAGAUUGCUCUUCUCCACACCGGAUCCCUCGAAGACCGCUCCGAUGCUGCCGCUUCCCUCGUUUCUCUUGCCCGCGACAACGAUCGCUACACCAAGCUUAUCAUCGAGGAAGGAGGCGUUGGCCCUCUCCUUAAGCUCCUCAAGGAAGGCAAGCCCGAGGGCCAAGAGAACGCUGCUCGUGCUUUAGGCUUGCUCGGUCGUGACCCCGAGAGCGUCGAGCAUAUGAUCCACGGCGGCGCCUGCUCCGUCUUCGGAAAAGUCCUCAAGGAAGGCCCCAUGAAGGUCCAGGCCGUCGUCGCCUGGGCCACCUCCGAGCUCGUCUCCAAUCACCCCAAGUGCCAAGACAUGUUCGCUCAGCACAACGCCAUUCGCCUUCUCGUUGGUCACUUGGCCUUCGAAACCGUCCAAGAGCACAGCAAGUACGCCAUUGUCAACAACAAGGCUACUUCCAUUCACCACGCUCUCGUUCUCGCCAAGGAGAACCCUCUUUCCAAGGCUGUCGACGACGAUCACACCUCUAUUCCCCAUCCCACUGGGAAGCAAAUGCCCAAUCAGAUGCACAGUGUCGUCGUCAACUCCAUGGCCAACCCUCCCAAGAAGUCCACCACGCUCCACAGUAAAGCUGCUGGUGCUGUUGUUAAGCCCCCUUGCAAUCUACACCAACACCAGAAUUCCACUUCCAAGACCCGAGAGCUGGAAGACUCUGCCACCAAGUCUCAGAUGAAGGCCAUGGCCGCUAGGGCGCUCUGGAAGCUGGCCAAAGGCAACUCCACCAUCUGCAAAAGCAUCACCGAGUCUAGAGCUCUCCUUUGCUUCGCUGUUCUCAUUGACAAGGGCAAUGAAGAGGUCAGAUACAACUCAGCUAUGGCCUUGAUGGAGAUCACGGCUGUUGCAGAGCAGGACGCCGACCUCAGACGCUCCGCAUUCAAGCCUAAUUCCCCUGCCUGCAAGGCUGUGGUUGAUCAGGUGCUCAAAAUCAUUGAGAUUGCGGAUUCUGAGCUACUCAUCCCGUGCAUGAGAACCAUAGGGAACCUUGCAAGAACUUUCAGAGCAACAGAGUCAAGGAUGAUUGGGCCUUUGGUGAAGCUCCUGGAUGAAAGAGAGCCUGAAGUGACAGGGGAAGCAGCGGUUGCCCUCACAAAAUUCGCCUGCACUGAGAAUUACUUGCACAAAGAUCACUCGAGGAGUAUUAUAGAAGCUGGAGGAGGGAAACAUCUGGUUCAGUUGGCCUACUUUGGAGAGAGUGGGGUUCAGAUUCCGGCAUUAGAGCUCCUAUGUUACAUAGCACUUAAUGUACCGGACAGUGAGCAGCUGGCGAAGGACGAGGUUCUGGCAGUGUUGGAGUGGGCUUCGAAACAGUCUUGGGUGACACAGCUGGAGAGCUUAGAAGCUCUGUUGCAGGAGGCUAAGGGGAGACUGGACCUGUACCAGUCAAAAGGAUCAAGGGGUUUCAAUUUCAAUUGAUUCAAUUUGUUUCCAUUUUGGAUGUCUUGUUUCCCGGCUUGUAUUUCAAUUGCACGCACGCACGUUUCAAUUGUGUUUCUCUCGGCUUGUUUAAUAGCACCUACGUGUAAAGCAAGAAGAUUAAAGAAUGGAGCUUUUUGUA